ACCAAUUCUCUCAGUCUCCCCUCUAUUUGGGUCCUCCUUUCCAUUUCCUCCAUUUCUCCCCAUCCUCUCUAUGCUCCUCCUCCAAAGCAUUUAAUUUUUUAUUCUAUAUUUAAGAUGUUGUUUCAUUUAUCACUUCCCUUUUUUUGUUAGUAUCACAAUUCACAACACAGUUCACAAUGGAAUGUUAGUAACCCAGGGAGAAAAUUAAGAAGGAAUUUUAAGGCGUUGUGCGUCCUCCACCUACCCUGGCUGUUAUGGAGAGCCUCCAAGGAACCAUUAAUCCUUGUAAUUUGUUGGGGGAGCAUCUGGAUGCAGAGUGUUUUGAGCAGGGGUUUGUUAACCAUGGAACCUGGAGAUGUGGUGGUGAAGAAGAAGAAGAAGAAGAAGGGAGCUUUUCAAUGCCGAGUUUAGAAGACAAGAUGCCAUUUCUUCAGAUGCUUCAGAGUGCAGAAUGCCCGCCGCUGUUUCCCUUAAAAGAACCCAACUUCCAGACGCUUUUAAGAUUGCAACACUUAAGCAAGCCACUGGAGAUGAACAUCUCCUUUCCACCGGAAAUGGAGACUCACAUUCAGGCCAUGGAGCUCGAAAGCUGCGUUACCCAUGAAAUUCUGGACCUGCAUUCUCCGGUCAAGUCCGAGGCCAAGGGUGUUGAGAACAGGUGUUUGGUUUCGUGUUUUGAAGUUGUCAGCUCCGAGGCCAUCCAGGACCAACCCAAUUCGGCCGUGGAAAAUUACUGCAGAGAAGGUAACUCAGGAUCUCCGCCUCCAGAAAAGGGACCGCCUCAACAUACCCUGUUAACGAAACCCCCGCCCACCGCGAGAGAAAGGAAAAAGCGGAAGCGAACAAAGCCAACAAAGAACAAGGAAGAAGUCGAGAGCCAACGGAUGACCCACAUUGCUGUUGAGCGCAACCGCAGACGGCAAAUGAACGACCAUCUCAACUCCCUCCGUUCCCUCAUGCCUCCUUCCUACAUCCAAAGAGGUGACCAAGCAUCUAUCAUUGGGGGUGCAAUUGACUUCGUGAAGGAACUCGAGCAACUUCUUCGUUCCCUUGAAGAGCAAAAGAGAAUGAGAUCUAAAGAAAGUAAUAACAACGCAACCCCAAUCUCGGCAAUGGGAAUUCCGCAGUCGCAAUGUGGGAUUGGUUCUGAGGAUGAGAAUUGCGAAGAAGUGAAGGCGUUGAACACGUCCGGUGUAGCGGAGGUGGAGCUGAACGUGAUUCAGAACCAUGUCAACUUGAAAAUUCAGUGCCCAAGAAGACCCGGACAGCUUUUGCAGGCCAUUAUCACUCUAGAACGCCUUAGGCUAACAGUUUUGCACCUCAACGUUACCUCUUCUCAAGCUUGUGUUUUUUACUCUUUCAAUCUAAAGAUGGAGGAUGACUGCAAGCUAACAGCUGAUGAGAUAGAAACAACAGUUCAUCAAAUAUUCGGAUAAAUCAAUGCAAAGUAUUGGUAGAGGCAGCUGACAUAUAAUCCAGAUUCCAGAGAGGAGAGUGGUUAGGGAAAAGUAAGGGGAGAAGCAGAACCAAGAAAAGAAAAAGAAGAGAUGGGUAUGUAGGGAUGGCAGAAAGAGAAACAACAGAAGGCACCUCUACAUUGUAUAUGUUGGUACCACAAAGGGUGCAUGAUGGUUACUGCUUAACUAAAGUUCCCCAGUUUAAUCACUAAUUAUUAGAUUGAUUAUUGUGUCUAAUUUUGUUGUUAUUCUGGGUUUAGGGGAGGGUUUGGUGGUUAUGGGGUUCGGGUCAGCAUGCCUGGCUGAAGCCUGAGGGUGGUAGACUAGCUAGUAGACAAAGCUUUGAGUUUGUAAUGGAUUUUCUUAAAAAUCUGUAUGUAUACUAUAUAUGAUUACUCUUUUGCCAAUGAUGCCUCCCUUUUCAUAUUGACUUUGGAGGGUGUUCUCAUUGUAUAGACAUGGAUGUUUCAUG